AUGGCCUGGCUUUCCAGCAAGAAGGACGCCAAGAUAGUGGGCGUCCUGAAGUCCGCACAGCGGGAGGACGACCGUCGCAAUAAUGACCUCUGGCUGGCGUUGCGGACAGCUUUCGACGAGAUUCAGGAGAAGAAAAGCACCAGCCAAAGUUUCAACAAGCUGUAUGCAAACGCAUACGCCAUGGUGACUCGGAACGAAGGGGAGCGUCUCUACCGCGGACUGUGCAAAGCCGUGACGGACCACCUCACCACCAAAGUGCGCCCCCUCGUGUUGGCUAAAGUUGGUGACGGCUUCUUGCAGACACUCAAUAAGGCCUGGGAGGACCACCAGACGAGCAUGGCAUUAAUUAACGACAUCGUAAAGUACAUGGACCGCGUAUACGCGCCUCAGAGCAACGCUGACAGCGUGAAAAAAAUGGGCAUGUUGCUCUUCCGCGAUGAGGUGGCGCGCUACGCCGACGUGCGCGACCACCUCCGCGAGACCAUGCUCGGCUUGGUGAAGACAGAACGCGAAGGCAAACCAGUCGACAGGCUUUCUUUGAAGAAAACGUGCGAAAUGUUGCUAGUCCUGGGACUCAACUCGAGGUCAGUGUAUGAGGAAGACUUUGAGAAGCCCUUUCUAGCCGAGUCGGCUCGAUUCUACGCUUUAAGGGGGCAACAUUACAUCAAAACGAAGCAGGUGUUCGAGUACAUCGCCCAAGUGGAACAGCAUAUCAGCGAAGAGUCAGAGCGGGCGAAACAGUGCCUCGACGCGUCCACCGUGGUUCCAAUCGUGCAGGUCGUAAAGAAAGAGCUCAUCGGGAAGUAUAUGAAGGCUAUCGCGGACAUUGAGGACUCCGGUUUCGAACGAAUGCUGAAGAACCGGAUGACGGAGAACCUGGCCCAAUUACUCCGGCUCGUGAAAUAUGUUCAGGGCGACGUUGACACGCUGCUCGAUUGUAUCAACAAGCAUCUGCGCAGUCAAGGGGGAUUUAUCGGGAACGAGCAAGAAGACUCGGCGAGCCUAAUACCAAAAGUGAUGAACCUGGGAGACCGCUUUGACCACUUUCUAGAACGCUCUUUCAACGGUGAUCAACUGGCCAAGCAGACAAUAGCCACCGACUUUGAGUACGUACUCAGCUUGGCCAGCGAUACGCGCAAACUGCCCAUGCAUCGGUCUGCGUUUGUAGACGGUAUGAUGCGACAAGGAAUUAGGAACAUGACAAAGCAGGAGAUUGAGGAGUUGCUGGACAAAGUUAUCGAGACAUUUCGGUCCAUGCAGGAGAAAGAACUUUGCAAGUGCUAUUAUAAGCAGCACCUGGCCAAACGGCUGCUGUUCAACAAGAGUGCCUCGGACGAAGCCAAGAGAACUAUGGUCGCCAAGCUCAGGAGUGAAUGUGGUUAUCUGUUCAGCUCCAGGAUUGAAGCCAUGUUAAAUGACAGGCGUAUUUCUAACGACAUGAUGCAGCAAUUCAAGGAAGCUUACGGAAAUGACUUGGACGGAGUAGACAUAAAUGUGCACGUGCUUAAGACGAGCUUCUGGCACGCAGCAAUGCAACAUUUCCGCCGCCUCAUGGAAUGCUUUACAAACAUUGAGACAGUUCUAUCUGGCGAAGAACGACGGCCGACAACCCACCCUACAGCCACAGCUAGGCUGGGCGCUCAUGAGCGCCGUCUUCUACAGGCCGGUAAAGAAGGGGCCAUCUACGUCCCAUACGGCAUGCAGAUCGACCGGCGAGCUUCAGUGAAGAACCUACACCCUCGAGGUGACGACGUACCAGACGUACGUGUUGAUACUUUUCAGCGGACACGACGUGAUAUCGCACGAAGACAUUGCCUCCGAGACGAACGUCCCCAAAACAAGCCCGGUUCGUGCACUGAAUUCGCUCAGCACGGGCAAAGCCUCCGAGACGGUUCUUACCAGGACGCCUGA